AUGGCGGGGAGAGGAGGCGGCGGCGGCGGCAAGGGCGCGGCGGGGAGGAUGAUGUCGCUGCAGGAGUUCGUGUCCUCCAUGGCCCCGCUCAUUGAUCUCGAGAAGGCGGCGGAGAUAACGGCGGAGUCCGAGACGAGCGCCAAGAGCCUGGAGAGGCGGGGCUGCGUCAUUGCCAACCUCAAGUGCACCGAUGCCCAGACGGGACUGAUGGGGAAGACGCUCCUGGAGUUCCAGCCCAACAAAGGCGAUGUUCUUCCGGCUCACAAGUUUGGAACGCAUGAUGUGGUUGCCCUGAAGCCAAAUAAGGCAGAUGCCGGAUCUGCUUCGCUUGGCCAAGGUGUAGUUUAUCGCUUAAAGGAUUCUUCCAUUACUGUUGCUUUUGAUGAUAUUCCUGAAGAUGGUUUAAAUAGCCCUCUGCGUCUUGAGAAGCUUGCAAAUGAGGUCACUUAUCGGAGGAUGAAGGAUGCACUAAUUGAACUUAGCAAGGCUGUCCAAACAGGACCUUCUGCAAACCUUGUUCCUGUUUUAUUUGGAGAGAAGGCACCCAUGCGCUCCAAGGAUACUAUGAAAUUCAGUCCAUUCAAUAAGAACUUGGAUGAUUCACAGAAAGAGGCUAUUUCAAAGGCUCUUGGAUCAAGGGAUGUUUUCUUGCUUCAUGGACCUCCUGGAACUGGAAAAACAACAACUAUUAUUGAGAUAAUAUUGCAGGAGGUCAAGCGUGGAUCAAAGAUUCUUGCCUGUGCUGCUUCUAAUAUUGCUGUGGAUAAUAUCGUUGAACGACUUGCACGAUACAGGACAAAAUUGGUGAGGUUAGGGCACCCUGCUCGUUUACUGCCCCAAGUGCUCGACAGCGCUCUUGAUGCACAGGUAUUACGAGCUGAUAAUAGUAGCUUGGCAGGAGACAUUCGCAAGGAAAUGAAGGUGCUUAAUAGCAAAUUGCUGAAGGCUAAAGAUAGGAACACUAAACGGGACAUCAGGAAAGAGCUCAAAACCCUUGCAAAAGAGGAGAGAAAACGACAGCAGCUUGCAGUCACUGAUGUACUGAAAAACGCUGAUGUUGUGCUGACAACUUUGACUGGCGCAUCUUCGAAAAAGCUAAACGGAAUUACAUUUGAUUUGGUUGUUAUUGAUGAAGCUGCUCAGGCACUUGAGGUGGCAUGCUGGAUAGCCUUGUUGAAAGGGCCAAGAUGUAUUCUUUCUGGAGACCAUCUUCAACUUCCUCCAACAAUUCAAAGUGUUGAGGCUGAAAAGAAGGGGAUGGGAAAGACACUCUUUGAACGCCUUACCGAAGCUUAUGGAGAGGAAAUCACAUCCAUGCUCACUGUCCAGUACAGAAUGCACGAGCACAUUAUGAGCUGGUCGUCUAAAGAACUUUACAAUAAUAAGAUCAAAGCACAUUCUAGUGUUGCUGGGCAUAUGCUCUAUGAUCUUGAAGAAGUCACUAGAUCUUCUUCAACAGAACCAACUAUUAUACUCAUUGACACUACAGGGUGUGAUAUGGAAGAAGUAAAAGACGAAGAGGAGAGCACCAUGAACGAGGGCGAGGCAGCAGUAUCCAUUGCCCAUGCCAAGUUGCUUGUUGAGAGUGGCGUUAAUGCUUCUGAUAUUGGAAUAAUUACUCCUUACUCUGCACAGGUAACCUGCUUGAAGAUGAUGAGAAACAAAGAUGCUAAAUUGAAAGAUUUAGAGAUAUCGACAGUUGAUGGGUUUCAAGGCCGGGAGAAAGAAGCCAUCAUCAUUUCAAUGGUCCGGUCUAACUCAAGGAAAGAGGUGGGGUUCUUGAGUGAUCACAGGCGGAUGAACGUGGCGGUGACACGAGCCAGGAGGCAGUGCUGUCUGGUGUGUGACGUGGAGACCGUGAGCAACGACAGGUUCCUGAAACGCUUGGUCGAAUACUUCGAGGAGAACGGGGAAUACUUGAGUGCUUCAGAAUACCAGAGCAGCUGA